AUGUACCUACAGACCAGACAUCGGAUAUCGGUGGAAUUUGAAAAUUGCCUUCAGAACACUAAGCAUGUGCUUGUCUAUAUUUCAGAUUCUGACAAAGAAAACUCUGACGAAAGAAUAAAUCUGACAAGAAACAGUUCAGAUAUAAAAGCUUACCAACUUGUAAUAGAGAAAGAAGCACACCCCACACCCAAAAAGUGCAAUGAUUCCAUCAAUAAUAUAGUUAAUAACUUAUCCCUAAUAAAUAAGUUAAAGAAUAAGAAUAGCUUCAAUGAAUCUAUGAAGAAACCUCUAAAUUAUUAUAAGCAUCGACUGACUAGAAAUAUUCAAUCUCCUAUAUUGCAAAAAUCACCAUUAUGUAGCACACCUUUCAAAAUGAAAUACAGAGGCGACUCCAUUUUUAAAUUCUCACCUAUAUCACUGUCUAAUGAUGACAAUAGUCCAAAAUAUACAACUAUAACCGAGGAUAAUGAUAAUGCAAACAAUAGUGUAAUACUAACGUCUCAUAGUAAAACUAAAAGUUUUAAAAGUCAUAUAGAAAAUAAAAAUGUAACUAAAGAAGACUUAGUUCCUGAUAAUAGUGUUAAUAAUGAUAUAGACAAUGAAAUAGUUGCUCCAGUAAUUGAAACUAGUAUAAAUGAAGUGGCUGAAGCUGUGUAUGAGAAGAAUAAUUCUAUACAUGAGGGAGAAACUUCUGGAUUAAUUAGUGAAAGUAAAGCAAUAUCCAGUAUUGAGAUUAGUUCUUUACAAACUACUGAAGUUGAACCAUUUUUAGGCUUCCCCACUGACCCUAAUGUCAGCAAAGAUAUAAUAGCAAAUAUAAUCCCAGAUUUAGAUGAAACAGAACAUGAUAAUGAUGUUACUGAAAUUGAGAACAAAGAUCAAAGUGAUAUAGAAGAAGCUGUAAAUGAAAGUGAUGCUGCUAAUAAUGCUGAAAUUGAUGUUAAAGAUGAUGACAAUGACUCACACGACUUGGAAAAUGCUGAUAGAGAUUCUUUGUAUGACACUUGCACAAGUGAUCAAAGUUCUAUUGAAGAAAAUGUUGUCAGAGAGCCUAUUGUAAGGCUUCAAAGGAUGAAUGACUCCUCAUUCUUUAGGUAUUAUGAAAAUAUGAAUAAUUUUGACUCUGUAGGUGACAAUACUAAAGAGAGCCUGAGAGAGGAAUCUGAUGAUGAAGAACCUAUAAUUGAUAAUGUUCUAAAUGAAGACAAUACAAGUCAAGAUGAGGUACUUUCUCAAGAAGACGAAUUUGAAAGUUUCGCAGAUAGUAAUACAUCACAGGACCAUAUAUCUGAAAGUGGUUCUGCUACUGACGGCACUGUAGAUAAUGAUGUUUUCCAAAAUGAGGCUGAUGACUAUAUUGAUAUUGUUUCUUCGAAUGAUGAUGAAGGUGAAGCAAAUGAACAAGAGAAGUGCAUUAGUUUUGUAACAACAAGAAGAAGGAAUGGAAUUACGAAUGAUUCAAUGUUGUCUAUCUUUAAUGAUUCCUAUGCUUCCACUAGUACUGAUUGUGAUAAGACUGUUCUUAGUAAUAAUAAAGUUACAAUAAGCGAAAUUAACAAAGAUAAUGAUACAGAUUCUUUAACAUCUUUAAAUGAACAAGGCAAAAAUGAUAUUGGCGAAGUAACAAAAGAUCUUGAAGAUCAUGAUAAAACACAAUCAGAAAAAAAUGUGCCAUUAAAAAAAGAGGAGGACAACAGAAUAUCAUUUGUCACUACAAGAAGGAGUACUGUUGCUGAUAGAAAGAGUGCCAUAAGAAAUAGAAAGAGUUCUAUCAAACCUAAAAUACAGACUAUAGCAGACAGAAAGAUUGCUCAUUUCCCCAGCGAAAGUUUAAGACACAGUCCAGAUAGUUCCAGGAGAACAUGUUUCGAGAAACCAGGCAUAGUUCUUCAGCCUGGUAAAAAAUGGGAAAGGUCUCUGAGCAUUUACAGAAGAAUUACUAUGAUGACUGAUCAUUUUGACCAAUCUAUUCUUGAAGACGAACCAACUGAGAAAAAGGGCAGAAAAUAUCGCCAAAGUGUGAUCAGUACAAUGGAGAUGCAAGAUAUGAACUGUUCCCUACAUAAUGAAUCAAUCAAUAGUCGCAGAAGUACAUUUGUUUCUAAACCAAGUCGAUCUACAAUUCGAAUUGUGAAAGACACAGAUAAUUCAAGACUUAGUCUUUGCAACACCACAGUAUUCGAUGACUUGAAAGGUUUUUUGAACGAGGAGUGUGAUGAUACUAUUAUCGAAUUAUCCAAACUCUCGAUUGCUGAUCAGUCGCACGAGGUCACUGUACUAGACAACUUCCAUGAUACUUCGAGCCGUAUAACUACAGCAAAGGAUUACGUGUUGCGUCGAUGCAAUCAAACGGACGCGAUACUCUUUGAUGAAUGUUAUCCAGACGCGGAUUUGAAAAACUGCCACAAAAUCGGCGAAGGGGUGUACGGCGAAGUGUUUCUGUGGCGAGACAGAGAUGGCCGAGCUCGCGUACUGAAGAUCGUCCCUAUUGCCGGCACGCUCAAGGUCAAUGGAGAGAGUCAGAAGGACUUCCACGAGAUCAUAUCUGAGAUUGUGAUUGCUAUGGAAUUGAGCGCACUACGCGCUCCCAUAGCCGAAAUUAAUCGCCAUUUUGAUGACGGGAAGGACGUUGAGGCGCUGGACUUGCACUCUAUAGAGAAUGCCACUGAUGUAUUCAAUGAGGUUCUUGCUGUGAGAUGCGUAUACGGCAGCUACCCAGCUCGCUUGCUUGAUUUGUGGGAUCUAUAUGACGAGUGCAAAGGCUCUGAGAACGACAACCCUGCUAUACUGCCGGUAGACCAGCAGUUCAUUGUGCUGGAACUAGCUAACGCAGGUCAAGAUUUAGAGAGCUACCAGUUCAACAACGCUGAACAGGCUUAUGCCUUGUUCCUUCAGGUUGCGUAUGGUCUGGCGGUUGCAGAGGAGGCCUUUCAGUUUGAGCACAGAGAUUUGCACUGGGGUAACGUGCUGAUUGCUCCCACAGAACAAAAGUACGCAACGUUUGUGCUGCGCGGUCGGUCGCACCGGGUGGCGCGGUGCGGGGUGGCGGCGACCAUCAUCGACUACUCUCUGUCGCGCGUGUCCCUGCCACUGGCGGCCGGCGACUGUGCGGCGCUGUACAACGACCUCGCCACCGACGAGUCACUCUUCGAGGCCGUCGGGGACUACCAGUUCGAGGUGUACCGCCUCAUGAGAGAGAAGUUGGGAAAUGAUUGGAAGAACUUCGCGCCGUACACAAACAUCCUGUGGCUGCAUUACACUGUGGAUAAAAUGAUAACGGCCCUCCGCUACAAGAGGACAAACACGAAGAUUCACAAGCACUACAUUGACAAACUGAAGGGAAUCCAGAGCAGAAUACUAGACUACGGUAGCGCGGCUUUAUUUGUGCUAACUGACAACGAAAUAUAAAAACGAACAAAUUAUGAUAAUAUACAAAACAUUUCAUAUGUAAAUUAAUACAAACUAGUCUUAACAAUGGAUUUAAUAAACUGCUGUUGCUAUAAAUCUGACAUAACAAUGAAUAACAUAAAUUAUUAUAAUGUAAAUAAUAUUUGCUUUGAUAAAUUGUUUGAAACGAUAGACGCUAAAAGAGUUAUUUACGAUGUUGUCGCAUUAUUAGAACACUUACAGAUAGAGGGUGCCUUUUUAAAUAAGGUAGUGCCUUUGUUCACAUUAAUAAAUUCAUAUAUUGUGUUCCGAAA